AUGGCAGAAAUUUCGGAGCAAGACUUGAAAUGUAUCCAAGAGGCGCUUGGCAUUGGCUGGGACAGAACUGGAGCCGAUUUAGGUGUAGUUUUGAGAAGUGCCGGAUAUAGAGUUUCAGAGGAAGAAGCACAAGAAAUAUCUAAGGAGCUGGACGUUAAACCGUCAGAUCCGCUAACCGCCACGACGGUUUGCAUGGCGGCGGGGAAGGUUAAACCUGAAAACCAAGCGAGGAAAGUUAUGCUUGAUGCGUUUAAGUGCAUGGACAAAUUCGGUGAUGGGACAAUCACAAUGACAGAUUUGCGGUUGGUUCUGACAAAUAUGGGGGACAUUAAGCAGGACGAGCUCGAUAUGAUAAUUGAGGAAGUAGAUCCGGACGACGUGGGUCGAGUUUAUCUGGAGGACGUGUACCGAAUUUUCUUAACCAAAAAUCUAUUGUCGUAG